AUGUUGUUUGUAAGCCUACUUUCAAUUAUAUUACUUCUGUUUCCAAUUACGGCGAGGGCAAACGAGGGUUUAGUGGCCCAGAAGAGUGUUCCUGUCCUUCUUUUUUCACAUAGAGUCUCUCCUGGGUUGUUGAAAUAUCAAAAGAACUACGAUCCUAAAUCGAUAGUUCCUGUGGAGUCCUUUAAAAUUAUAUCUCAAGAAUUAAUAAACCAUUGUAAUUCUGAUGCGUAUAUUUAUGUGAAUAUUCCAGGUUUACGAAAAUUAGAUCUUGUAGAAUAUGAAGACGAAUUGGUAUUUCUUCAAAGAUAUGUAAAUCAAAGUUCAACUAAAUUGAAGUUUGAACAAGUGAAAACUUUGCCACAAGAUUAUUACUCAGACCUCAUUGAGUACACAAAAGAAACUUGUAAAUUUGAAGGUCAUAUUAAGUUAGAAGGUAACAACAGUGAUGACUUUACGACCUAUCUGGAUUCUGGUAAACGUAUAAUAGAGAUUAAUUAUACACCUCUCCCAGGUGAUGAGACGGCACGUCUUCAAAGCGUUAUUGAUUUUGAUGGAUAUCUAAGAGAAAUUCUGGCCCAGUUACCAUCACCUGACCAAACUGUUAUAUUAACCUCUUUACAACCAAGUCUAGUGCCAGAGAGAGAUUAUAAACCAAUGUCAAUAUUCCCUAAACUAUUUGAGAAUUUGAAGGAAGUUGAAAUGAAUAAUAUGAUUUUAGAUGUGGCUCCCUUAACUAAUAAAUAUUCUCCAAAAUUUACUGGAAUGGAGGAUGUACCACUGAAUAUAUUUGAUGUAGAGUUCUAUAAGGAAAACAAAAGUUUUAUCUUAAGUAUUGUUAUUGUACUCAUUACUUUUGAAAUAGUAAGUGUUUUCCAGCAAGUUAGUAAAUCAAAAAAUGCCCCACAGAAUUCCAAACCAAAGAAAGAUAUAAAGAUAAAAAAGAAACAAGAAGUAGCUGAAAUAACUUCAUUAAAAGCCAAAAAAGAUAAUAGAACAGUUUUAACCAAAGUUAAUAAAAGUAAGGAAACUUCGAAAGAGAAGUAA